AUGUUCAAAUUGAACAGAAAUUCUAUUUAUAGAGGUAGUUUGCUAUUGAAGCAUUUGAAAAAUCAACCAAAGAACAAAUUAUGUCCGCCCAGGUUUUACGCAACGAGCAAUCAACCAUUGAAAGCCAAUAAACCGAAUUCUAAAUACUGGGAAUUAAUCAACUACACUAUUAUAGCCUUUGUUGGUAUUGCUGCGGUGAAAUUAAUCAUUAGCAAAGAACCAAAAAUUGAAAAAACAGUUACUGUAUAUAACAGUUUUAAUAACGAUGGUUCAACAUUGUCCUUAUCAGAUUUGAAGUCACCCGAAUACUGUACUGAUCCAAAAAAAUUAAAAGAGGUUGUUAGUCAAUUAAAACAAAUUUUAGAUAACGAUGCAAACCAUUAUUCUCAAACAAAAUCCGAAUUAGAUGAUCAUUCUGAUACUUAUUUCAAUACCCACCAUCCUGACAAAAACCAAAGACCAUUUAUUAUAUUAUAUCCAAGAACCACUGAAGAUGUUUCAAAAAUAAUGAAAUUGUGCCAUGAUAAUGAAGUACCAGUUAUCCCUUAUUCUGGUGGUACUUCAUUAGAAGGUCAUUACUUACCAACAAGACCCAAUUGCUGUGUUGUCAUUGAUGUAUCAAAAUAUAUGAGCAGAAUUGUAACUUUACAUAAGGAUGAUCUAGAUGUUGUUGUACAAGCUGGUUUACCUUGGGAAGAUUUAAAUGCUUAUCUGAAUGAAAAUGGUUUAUUAUUAGGUAUCGAUCCAGGUCCAGGUGCUCAAAUUGGUGGUUGUAUCGCUGAUUCUUGUUCCGGUACAAAUGCUUACAAGUAUGGUACUAUGAAGGAAAAUAUUGUUAAUGUAACUAUGGUCUUACCAGAUGGCACUGUCGUCAAAACUAAGCGUAGACCAAGAAAGUCCAGCGCUGGUUACAACUUAAAUGGUUUAAUUGUCGGUUCUGAAGGUACUUUAGGUAUUGUUACUGAAGCCACUUUAAAAUGUCAUGUCAAACCAGCAAUCGAAACUGUUGCCGUUGUCUCAUUCCCAAGCGUUGGUCAUGCAGCUGCAUGUGCAUCCAAUAUUACACAAUCUGGUAUUCAAUUAAAUGCAAUGGAACUGUUAGAUAAUGAUAUGAUGAAGUUGAUUAAUGUAAGUGGCAGUACGUUCAGAUCUGAUUGGCCUGAAUUCCCAACUAUGUUCUUUAAAAUUGGUGGCAGAAAUCAGGUUAUUGUAGAUGAAUUGAUUUCAGAAGUGCAAACAAUUGCUCAGAAACAUCAAUGUAAAAAAUUCGAGUUUGCCAACGAUGAUGAUGAAAAGGUUGAAUUAUGGCAAGCGAGAAAGGUAGCGUUGUGGACAGUCAUAGACUCAGGUAAGGCAAUCAAUAAAAAUGCAAACGUUUGGACUACAGACGUUGCCGUCCCAUUAUCUAAAUUCGCUGAUGUUAUCGAAGCCACCAAACUAGACUUGAAAGAAACCAAUUUGUUGAACGCUAUUGUAGGCCAUGCUGGUGAUGGUAAUUUCCAUUCAUUAAUUGUCUACAAUGGUGAGGAAGAAAGAGCAAAAUGUGAAGAUGUUGUUGCCAAAAUGGUAAGACGUGCCUUGGAAAACGAUGGUACAUGUACAGGUGAACAUGGUGUUGGUGUAGGAAAAAGAGACUAUUUAACUGAAGAAUUAGAUGAAAACACUAUUGAUUUAAUGAGAAAUAUCAAGCUUGCCAUUGACCCUAAAAGAAUCAUGAAUCCAGAUAAAAUAUUCAAGAUAGACCCUAACGAACCUCAUUUGUAUAAAUAA